UCUGGCUUCUUGCUGCAGUCAGAACUCAUCAUGGAGACCCUGGGGUUGAAGAGGGUCCAGUUCCUCCUGGUAGUAUGCUGUUUUUUUGUAAGCCUGGAAGCCCCUGCAGAGGCCAAGGAUACUCUCUGCUACAAAAGCUUUGAUGAAAUCUCAGGGACCUGCAGGAACCUGUUGGGAGAUAAAAUCCCCAAGGAAGACUGCUGCCUAAACCAUCAGUAUGGUUUCAAGCUGAACCAAGAUGGGCCCUGCCUGGCCUGCCACGAUGCUAAUUGGAACGAAUGGACCCCAUGGAGUUCAUGCUCCGUGUCCUGCAUGGAAGGUGUCCAGCGGCGCAGUCGGACCUGUCAUGGCCAACAUCCAGGCACAUGUCCGAGUGGGUCACGUGAGUGGGAAAUGAAAUCCUGCAUUGAGAGACAGUGUUGCCCUGUGAUGGGUGGCUGGUCAGAAUGGAGCGCCUGGAAACCUUGCUCAGUGACCUGUCUGACUGGGAUCCAGUUAAGGGACCGAAGUUGCACCAAUCCAGCCCCCUCCUGUGGAGGCACCUGCCCAGGAAACAGCAAAGAAAAUAUGCCCUGUGAUACCAGGCAGAUUUGCCCAACCAAUGGAAACUGGGGCAGCUGGGGACCUUGGCAGGACUGCUCCAAGACAUGCAGCAUAGAAGGCUCAGCUGCAAAGCCUCAGCAGCAACGAUCCCGUCUGUGUAACAACCCCCCACCUUCCCUCCAUCCUCCGGGCAAGCCAUGUCCAGGAGGUGGCCAGGAAUCCCGAAGCUGCCCAGGACUGCCCUACUGUCCACAGGAUGGCAACUGGGGCGUGUGGAAGCCACUUCGUCCCUGCAGUGUGACCUGUGGUGUUGGCCAAACCCUGCAGAAGCGCCUGUGUGAUAACCCUGCACCAAAACAUGGAGGGAAGGACUGCCCUGGGGAGAGCGAGCUUAAUCAAUCCUGCACCGUCAGGGUGUCCUGCCCAGUGGAUGGUCAUUGGAGUGAAUGGACUACUUGGAAAGACUGUAGCCGUCUGGUCACAGAUUACAACAUUAAGUGUCAGGAGAUCACUGGCACUCAGUUAAGAUCUAGGAGCUGCAUUGGACGGUACCAUGAGGGCAGGCGCUGUUCAGGACUGCAGAGGGAAACCAGAACCUGCUACAAUAUUGAAGGCUGCUUUAUCAAAGGAACCUGGACAGAUUGGAGUUCUUGGGGUCUCUGCGAACCAGCUUGUGGGCCUGAACCUAAAAGAUCUCGUAAGAGAGUCUGUGGACCCAUCUACCCGGAUUAUCCAAUGGUAGUGGAAGCAGAGAAUGGGAGGACAGACAAUGUAACCUUUUGGGGAAAACCAAAGGUCAGAUGUGAGUCUCUGGAAGGACAGUUCCAGGAAGUGGUGGAAAAACUGCCGUGCCAAAAUGUGCCACCUUGUGAAGGCUGAUUUUGCAAAACCAGAUGCUAUAAAUUGCUGCGUUGAAAAGUUCCUGUGAACUAGAAUAUACAAAGCCAUGAGAAAUGCUGACUUCUGCUUCCUGUGAUCUUUGCACCACGCUAUCAUCUGCUUCCUUUUUUUUAAAAUGAUCAUGGAGAGUUGGGAAUAAUCAGUGUAAUAAAUUAUGUUGGAUUUUUGUCUCUCUUCUACAUAAAAUAAUUGGGAAAAUAAUGCACAUGUUCUUUGUUAUGUUCCUGUUUUUCAAAUAAUAUAAGGCAUACAUACCUGAUUUUAAAUAUUUUUUUAGCAUUGUAUCUAUUUUUGCAGUUUAAAGGGUAUAGUACAGUAUGUGUUAAGCCAAUGAAUUCCUCAUUAAAGAGUUCCACAAGA